AUGCUAAGAAUGCUGUCCCUCUUUUCUAUUCUACUGCUGUCGCAACAAGUUAGUUCUAUCGGUACAGUAGACAACAUGGGGAUAUGGACACGAAAUUCUAUAUUGGAGGGUAUCGAAAGAUACAAUGGACCAAUUGAUGCAUUGGUUCAACGACGGCAAUUGCCCGGAGGUCCAGGUAUAAGUACGCCUGGCAUGAGCCCAAGUAUAAGCGGGAUGAAUUUGACGGAAUGGGAUGCAAUGACGAAAGUUGCAUGUGUUGAAUCCUUAGGGACUUUCAACGGGAAAAUCAACAACCCCUCUGGAAUGGCCGUGUGUUAUAAUCUACCAUUCUUAGAUAACAGUACUGGGGUCUUUGAGGCUGACUUGCGACUAUAUAUGGUCGCCAACCCUUCAGGAGGCUUCAUCAACAUUGCUGCUGACAAGGUAGAAGUGGGCUUGACAUAUGACGGCGCAACAGUGACUCCCGUUAAUGCUUCGUCGUUGAGAAGAAGAGUUGAAGAUAGAUUUAUUCCACUGGCGUCUUGGCCAAAGGAAGGCGCCAUGGAUGUAGCGAAGCGUGCAAUGACCCCACGUCUGAUAGAGUCUUAUGCAUUCGUCGGACAGAUAAACAAAACCCUUCUUCCUACAAUGAAUGACCAGACCGCUCUCCAAAAAGUACUUAUUCCAAUGGUUACUAUUUCUGCACUCGACGUCACUGGCGCCACAAUCAAUACGUCCCUAAGUAAAGAUGAAAUUACUUUUGUAAACGGUGUUUUUUCUGGCUCAGUUUUACCUACUAAAGCAACGUUAGCUCCACCUAUUCAAACACUUGUUGUAAGUAAGGAUGCAGCCUUUAUCGUACCAGGACUCAACAUCCUGAUUUUCCCUAUUGGUCUCAUCAUAACUGGACUUUGGACAAUUGCUUUUGUCUCUACAGUAUCAUAUGGUACAUUCCGUCGCACUCAACAUCGGGAUGAAUUCCGCGAAAAAUCUUUUUCGUCAAGUAGGGACGGACUAAUGAGUUUCUGA